AUAUUGAAUGCCAAGAAACCCAAGAGCAUGAAUUACUUGAAGAGCUUUGGCUUGUUGAUAUUGCUCAAGCGUUAAUAACAUUGACAAAAUCCAAGAUUUUAGUUUUCAUUUACUAUUUGGCACUUCAAUCAUUGCAACGUACAUGUAGGAACUAUAUUCGUUCAAGAGCGAUUGAGCUUUUAAUUGCUCUUGCUGCAAGACAUUCAAUGUUUUUAUCAGAGUUUAAAGUAAUUUGA